UUUUUAUAAAUGAAUGUGUAUCGGUAAUAAUAACAAUAAUCAUUACAUCAUAAGUAGAUGAAACUUAUUCCUGAAGCUGUUUACAGACUAUAUUGGAUUAAAUUCAAUUAACAAUAAUCUCAGAAAAGGAACAAAUAUAUUAACGUAUACUUCUAUCAUUAUUCAUCAUUUGAAAGUGAUUGAAUUCAUUGAAUUCAAAUAAGUAUUAUUAUUAUUAUUAUGUAAUAUUGUAUAAUGUUAUCAUCAUUGGUUAUUUCAAAAUCUCAACCAUCUCUUCUAUUACCAACUACAAGUGAGGAAUCUUUAAUAUCACCUCCAAUAAUAUCUUCAAACGAUACUACUACUACUACUAAUACUACUAAUAAUGUUGCUAAGACUGAUACUAAUUAUGAUCAAUUAAAAGAAAUCAAUGCAAUCAAUGUAAAAUUACGACGUAAAUCAUUUAAUAAAUCAUUAUUAUUAUUAUCAUCAUCAUCAUCAACUGAUCAUUUAUAUCAUAAAAUGAAUCAACGUAAUAAAAAUCAAUUAUCACGUUAUUUCAAUAGAUCAUCUUCAACAUCAUUAUUAUCACCAUCAUCACCAUUAUCAUCAUCAUCAAAUAUAGUGAAACAUGUCAAUCCUACAUUGAAUUGGUAUUCAUUAGCUUUAAGAUUAAAACAAAGAACUCGUUAUUCUAAUGAUUAUCAUAAUAAUAUACAAACUAAAAAUACCAAGUUAAUAAAUUCUUAUAUUGAUGACGGUGAUAAUGAUGAUGAUCAUAAUGAUGAUAAUGAUCAUGGUAAUGAAUGUUUUAUACAGAAUACAAGUUUUAAUCAAUUAUAUAAAAGACAAUUAUCAGAGAAUCUUAUAGAAUUACCACCGCCAGCAUUAUCAUUAUCAUCAUCAUCAUCAUCAACAAUACAACGACAAUGUGAACAAGUGAAUAAGCAAAAACAACAACAACAACAACAACAACCGAAGCAACAAAAACAAAAACAACAACAACAACAUAGUAAAUCAUGGAAUGAUAAAAAACUUACACGUAAUUUAAUUCUGGAAGAAUGGAAAAGGAAAUCAGAUACUGUUCAAAAUUGUAAUAAUCUUGAGAACGUAUCACAUUCUACAAAAAUGUUUACAAUACGCUUCUGGAAUGGUGUUGAAUUAAAGUUACAUCCAUCACCUUCGGAUAGAUUAGAAGAUGUUAUACGACCACAUCUAUCUGAUUUAACUGUUCCAAUACAAUGUAUUGAUUUGGUUACUAAAGAAUUUAUUCCAUGGGAAACUUCUACAUUACAAUUAUCAUCAAAAACAUUAUUGAUUAAAAAAAUCUAUAGGAAUAAAGUCACUUCUACUGGUAUUCAUCCGACUAAUACAAGAAAAUUAGAAAGAAGAUCAGUUCCUUUAUUUGAUACAACAUCUGAUGCCCUGAAAAAUUGGUUUGAUUUUUACAAGAAAAGUAACAGUCCGAACCCAUAUUCAUUGUCUGACCAAUUGAUAAAUGAAUGUCUAAGUGAAUUGAAUCCAAAUGUGCUGGUAAAUUUAAUACCAGGGCGACAGAAAAUAUCGAACGGAAAUUCAACUACAUCUAUACCUUUAACUACAAUCCCAAAUUCAGAAGAAGUAAUUCGACACAAAUCGAAUUCUUAUUCACGUUUUGAGGACAGUCAACAUCAAAAUAUGCCGAAUAAUCAACAAUUUGAUAGUCAAGAUUUAGCUAGUCUAUUUUUUAUUGAAGAGUCAUGGGAACAAAUUGUUAAAUCAUCUUCAAAAAUGACAAAACAACAGCAAAAAAGACAAUCAGCUAUUUGGGAAUUUAUUUAUACUGAAGCAAACUAUCUAAAGUAUUUACGUACUAUUAUAGAUUAUUAUUUAUCUCCAUUUUUGGAAAUACGUGAAUAUUUAUUUGAGAAUUUAGAUAUUGGAUGGAUUUUUGGUAAUAUUGAAGAAAUAUUCAAAGCAAAUAUUAAACUUUGGUUACAAUAUUUAAUUGAACCAUUGAAAGAAAUUCGUCAUAAUGGAGAUGCAUUUACACCGAUCAUCUUUAAAAGUGCAAUAACACACAUUCCUGAUUUACUCAGUGUUUACAAGCAAUACUAUGUGAAUCUACCACGUUGUCGAUCAUAUACACAAGAAGCUGUUAGACAAAGUACAAAUUUUUGUAUAUUUCUUGAGUGGGCUGAUCAACAAGGUCAUGAUCAUCGUGAACCAUUAUGGGAUCAAUUAACGAAACCAACUACACGACUAACUCAAUAUCGUUUAUUAAUAGAAUCAAUACGUAAAAAUUGUUGUAAUUCUACUGAAGAACAAGAAGUCAAUGCAAUGUACAAGUCAAUCAGUGAUUUCAUUGAGGAAAUCAACCAACAAAUGAUGACUGAAACGAAAACAUGGGAAAGUUUAGAAAUGUUAGCAUCAAAAUUAAUAUAUUGUGAUUUUUUAGACAAUAAUAUUGAUGAUUAUACACAAUUGAUUAGUGAUUAUACAAGAUUUAAAUUUUCAAUCCUUAGUCCAAUCAAAUUACCAUCCCCAGUGAUUAUAUUUAAUGAUUAUAAUACCAGUAAUCAAACUAUACCUUCAUGUACAAAAUCUUUAGCAUUUUUACGUAAUCGACGUUUAAGUGGUUCAUCCUUAUUCACUUCUAAUAAUUCAAUAACAGGUCGUCGAACUAUAUCAAAUCAUCCAACAACUAGUUGUAAUCGUAGUGAUUCCGGUAUUGGUGAUUGUAAUCAAACCAUAUCUACAUCAUCAACAAUAUCCACAGAUAAUACAUCACCGAUACAUUUAAAACAACGUUCAAGAAUUUAUAGUUUAACAAAUCAAAUUAAUGAAUCCAUAUCAUUUCCAGUCAUGUUAUCACGUAUCACUGAAAGUAGUGGAAUACAUAAAUCACUUUCUAUGGAUACAGAAUUAUCUGAUUGUUUUUCAUAUGAUUGGUCAGAUAUUUAUUGUAGGCGAACUAUUCAACGUACUGUAUUAUAUGGAGGAAAUUUACGAUUUAAAGAACCACCGAAUCGUUCAGUGGAAACUGUUUGUCAUAUUUUAACGGAUUUAUUUUUAAUUACUAAACAACAUAAAAAAGAUGGGAAUGAUUAUUGGAAAUUAUUAAAAAGUCCUAUACGAUUAGAUAAGUUAAUUAUUCAACGUGGUCGUGAAACUGGUGUAUUUGGUUGUGCAAUUCUAGAUGAUUUUCAUAAUAUUUCUAAUCUAUAUAUUUUUUCUGCUGGACCUAAAUGUGAUGAAUGGAUUGUACAAAUUGAAUCAGCAAAGGAAAAUUAUCGUAAACUAAUGGAACCUGAAGUUCUAAUUGCUCAACCAUUAAUGAAAUUCCAACGAGAUGAUCUAUCUACUAUUGUUAUGUCACCAGACUCUAUAUGUCAUUCAGAUAAUACUUCAGAAUUACAUCAUCAAUCAUAUAGAUGUAAUAAUAGUUAUUUGAUAGAUACUAUUCCUACUUCUACCAACAAUAUUGAUCCUAUUAAAAAUAAUACGAUGGAUGGAAAUAAACGUAAUGUGUUCCUUACCUCACAAUCUUCAUUAUUUGAAAGCAUAAAUUGUAAUCAUCUCAAUCAUCAUAAUAAUAAUACCAAUAAUCAAACAGAUUCUAUGUGUAUUAUAGAUAAACGUAUUAGAUCAAUUAAUUCACCAACUAUUCAAUCGAAUUAUCAACGUUCCAGUUCUAGAUCAUGUCAUUAUCCUAUAAAUCAAUAUGAUACUACUAAAAUAAUUCAUCCUACUACUAGUGAAAGAAAUUUAUUAUCAUCUAAUAUAUCCGAUCGUGAUCUAUUAGAUUCAUCAAUCAAUAAACUUGAUCUUACAUCAACAAAUUCUAAUUUUAUUAACAACAGAAAAUCCAUCCCGAUUUCACCAUUAAAAAGAGAUGUUGUAAAAAAAUUCUUUUUACCUAGUAAUCAAAAUGGACAAAAAUCUUAUUUAAUUAAUCAACAAAUUGAAUCAAGAUCAUCAUUAUAUGAUCUUAAAGAUCAACAAUUUAAAUUUAGAUCAUCUAAUAUAGAUUUAAAUAAAAUUAUUGAUAUUAUUCCUAAUCAUCAAUCAUCUAAGUUUAUAUCUUCAUCAAUCAAUAAUACUAAUACUAACAAUAAUACUAAUAAUAAUAAUAAUAAUAAUAAUGAUUAUGAUCAAUCUUUUAUUUAUGAUAGAAAAUCUAGUAAUUCAACAUUAUCCUUAUCAUCUACAACAUCAUCAUCAUUAUCAAAAACUGAAAUGAAAUUUCAUUUGAAUGAACCAUCCAUAGUGAUUUAUAGAAUUAAGUCCGAUUCCAAUGAUAUAAUCAAUAAUAAUAAUAAUAAUAAUAAUAAUAAUAAUACUGAUAAUGAUAAUAAUAAUCGAUAUUUAACUUCAACGAAUUUGCAACGUCAAUCCGUUCAUCAAUCUUUAUUGAAUAUUGAACGAUCUGAUAGUAGUGAAGAUCAAAUUACAAUUAAAUUAUAAAUCAUCCGAUAGUCUAUAUAUAUAUAUAUACAUGAUUGUAAAUUUUAUUUCAAAAAUUGAUUUAUAGUUGAUAACUUUCCUUUUUUCUUUCUUUCUUCUUCUUCUUCUUCUUUUAUUCGAUUCACUUGGCAACAUGAAUUCAGUUUAUUGUACAGCGAUAGAAACAUUCAAAAAACAAACAAGCACACACACACACUCAUACACAAAAAGGUGUUUAAACAACUCUUUCAUUGUUAUGAAUUAUCAAUUAUCGAUUUAUUUUUUGAAAUUCUGUUUUGUUACCAACAUUAAUUACUGACUUAUUUAUUUAUUUACGCUUGUCACCCCUUAUGGGAGAACAUAGGCCACCCACCAACACUCUCUCCAUCCAAUAUUACUAUUUUAUUAUUUUAUAUCAAUAUAAUUUUAUAUAAAUAUACAUGGAUCCCUUGCUAUAUUCAUUCAUCUAUCUUCUCUAUUUAAAAUUACUUGUAUAAUACAAGAAUCGGUGAUGAUGCAAAAAAAGAAAUAAAAUAAACAAACACACACACACGUAAAUUCCUCAAUAACAUGUAAUACACACAAUAAUUUUCAAAUAUUUCCCCCACCCCAGCCCACCUCCACCCCCUCACAUCUAGAAUCAACACAGCAUUCACUAAUCAAUCGUCUUUCAUUUCAUUCAUUUAGAAAAAAAACGAAAAAAAAAACAAACAUUAUGUAGAAGGUAUAUGAUUGUUUUUUGUUUUUGCUUUUCUUAAUUU